AUGGAGAUAUGGAUAUUUUUGUUUAUUCUGCUGCCCGCUCUACUGAUUCUGCUCUUCCUGAAACAACUCUGGUCCCGAAGACACUUCCCUCCCGGUCCUCUUUCUCUUCCAAUCCUUGGAAAUGUAUGGGCUCUGGGGACUACAGUUCAUGAAGAUGUUUUGAAUAAGCUGGCUAAGAAAUAUGGAAAUAUGUACACCUUGUGGUUGGGGAACCAAUCUGUAGUGGUGCUGUCUGGAUUCAAAACUGUGAAAGAAGGUUUGGUUGGACAUCUAGAAGAAUUUUCUGGCCGAGCUCAGAGUGCUUUCUUUACAUCUCGAGGAAAAGGAAGGGGUAUUAUAUUUUCAAAUGGUCACACCUGGAAGAAGCAGCGACAGAUUGGUAAUGUUUCUUUGCGGAUCCUGGGAAUGGGGACAAAAAGCAUUGAGCAUCAGAUAGAAGGAGGAGCCCAACAGCUUAUAGAAAUCUUUGCACGUACAAAAGGGCAGCCAUUUGAUCCUUCAUUUCCAUUUAACAAUUCAGUGGCUAAUGUGAUAUGUGCUUUGAGUUUUGGGCACCAGUUUGCUCUUGAAGAUAAAAACUUUCAGAAGUUGGUGCAAGACAUUGAGAACAUUGUAAGAAUAUCAGGUAGUUUUUUUCAUCUGAUGUACGAGGCAGUCCCAUGGUUGAUGAAAUAUCUUCCAGGGCCUCACCAGAAGGACCUCACUGGUGACUCUGCAGAGUUUAUUCUUUCAUUUGCAAGGCAGGAAAUUGAGAGGCACAAACAAUAUCACUCCCUGUGUGAGCCACAGGAUUUCAUUGAUUUCUAUCUACUACAGAUAGAAAAGAGCAGGGAUGACCCCAACUCUGUCUAUAAUGAAGAGAACCUGGCUUGCUGUCUCCUUGAGUUCUUUAUUGCUGGAUCAGACACCACCUUUAAUACCCUGAUGUGGGCAUUGCUCCUCCUGGCAAAUCAUCCUAACAUCCAAGAAAAAGUCCACAAGGAGAUUGAAGAUGUCUUUGGUUCCUCAAGAUCAAUCUUCUAUCAAAAUCAGAAGAAGCUGCCCUAUACUCAUGCUGUGAUUCAUGAGCUACAGCGAGCAAAAUAUGUUGUAUUAAUACCAAUUCCUAGGCAAAGUAUAAUGGAUGUGAAGAUGGAGGAUUUCCACAUUCCAAAGGGGACCAUUAUUCUGCCAGAUCUACGCUCUGUUCUUCUAGAUCCUGAAGAAUGGGAGACACCUGAAGAAUUCAACCCUAAUCACUUUUUAGACACAGAUGGAAAUUUUCAGGCUCGAGAAGCAUUUCUGCCAUUUGGAGCAGGGCAGCGUGCCUGUUUGAGAGAAAAGUUGGCAAGAGCGGAGAUCUUCAUCUUCCUAACCAGCCUGCUGAGGGCCUUCCGCUUCCAGCUGCCAGGAGUGAAAAAACUCGAUGACAAACCUAUAGCAUCUAUGACACUGAAUCCACAUCCUUAUAAAAUCUGCGCUGUGCCACGUCAUGCAGCGCCAUAA